AUGGGCAUAAGAAUCAAUCUUGAAGUAUCUGGAAAAGAACGUUACUGCUUUAGAAAGAGGGGCUUUUCUGUAAUUCAAGCAUCUUCUUCUUCUUCUCAAACUACAGUAUUAGACCAAGUUUCAACCCCAUUAAACAACAAAGUGGAUACCCCUAAGAAAUCAAGUGAAGCGGCAUUGAUAUUGAUUAGACAUGGUGAGUCUCUAUGGAACGAAAAGAAUUUAUUCACGGGUUGUGUUGAUGUGCCAUUGACAAAAAAAGGAGUGGAAGAAGCAGUUGAAGCCGGUAAAAGAAUAAGCAAUAUACCCGUCGACAUGAUUUAUACAUCCGCACUUAUUCGUGCACAAAUGACUGCCAUGCUUGCCAUGACUCAACAUCGCCGCAAAAAGGUACCUAUUGUCUUGCAUAACGAAAGUGAACAAGCAAAGUCUUGGAGUCAAAUUUUUAGUGAAGAAACCAAAAAGCAAUGUAUCCCGGUUGUUACGGCGUGGCAACUUAACGAACGAAUGUAUGGGGAAUUACAAGGACUAAAUAAGCAAGAAACUGCUGAUAAAUAUGGAAAAGAACAAGUUCAUGAAUGGAGAAGAAGUUUUGACAUCCCUCCACCAAAUGGUGAAAGUUUAGAAAUGUGUGCAGAAAGAGCCGUUGCAUACUUCAAAGAACACAUUGAACCACAACUACAAGCUGGAAAGAAUGUAAUGAUUGCUGCACAUGGGAAUUCCUUGAGAUCCAUCAUAAUGUAUCUUGACAAAUUAACUUCUCAAGAGGUUAUAAGUUUAGAACUUUCUACGGGUAUACCAAUGCUUUAUAUUGUUAAAGAGGAAAAAUAUAUUAGAAGAGGAAGUCCAGCUGCUCCAAGUGAGGCAAGCGUUUAUGCGUAUACCAAGAAUUUGGCUCGAUACAGACAGAAGUUAGAUGAGAUGGUUCAUUGAUGAUUCAGCAUGUUAUAAAGUCAUGUUCAUGAAACUAUCUCCAUUUUUAUAUCUAUUUCGCAUUUUCAUUUUGUGGGACCCAUCGUAAUAGGACAAUAUAUGUAAUGGUGUUCAGUGUUCUAGAUUUUUAGUGUACUUUUUUUUUUGUUAUUUUUAGGAUGCAAGAUUGUAUAGAAUGUGGUAGAAAGUGGAAAAUAAUGUAUGGGCUCCAAUAUCUAUGCUUCUAUUUUGCUUUUUUGUGUCUUUGUAUUUUGUCUAAGAUUUUCUUUUUUCUACGUUGAAAAGGAAAUGUAUCCCAAAAAACCAAUGAACUUAAACGGAGGUUUCUUGUCUCUAAGCCAAUUGUAUUUUUUUUUUAUAUAAAGAG